AUGGAUGAGCUGAAAGAAAAUUCGCAACCGACAUCUUUAAAACGGACACUGGAAGAAACAGAAAGCGAACAAUUGUCAGGAAAGAAACAAAAAUUUAAUCUGAAUAAGGAUGAACAGGAAUCUGCGACGAAAAAAUUGUUCCACGAAAGAGUUGAACCUGUAUCAUCGAGUCAACAAAGCGAUGCGGUAGUGUUCGGUGAUGAAGAUAAUGAGAAAAUGUGCUAUUCGUUAAUUACUACCACAAGGAAUGAAAGUGAUACGGGGAAAAGAGCGAAAAGUUCGAGAAAUGAAUCAGGAGAGCGAAAAGAAAAAGAACGCCGAUUAAAAGUUGAAUUAAAGCAACUUCGAUUAAAACGUGCUGAAGAAACGAAGGAAAAAAAACUUCAGUUACAGAAAGAGCGAGAACAAAAGAAAAUUGAGAAAGAAAGAGAAAGAGAAGAACAAAAAAAACGAGCCGAAGUACGGAAAAGAAUUUCUAACGAAUUAAAAAAAGCCAAAGAAUUGAAGCGAAAUGAAGAGGAAUUAAGGAAAGUACGAAAACGAAAGGAAGAGGAAUUGAGGAAGGAGCAAAAACGAAAAGAUGAAGAAGAAAAGAAAGAAAAAAAACAAAAAGAGAAAGAGGCAAUAGAAAUGAAGAAAAAACGUGAAUCAGAUAGGUUCUUAUCAUUUUUUUCAAAAAAGGAGCGACCACGUGUAAUAACAUUAUCAACUGAUCUCCAAGGGCCAUUUCUUCCAUUCGAGAUUAAAGAGGGAAUGACUGUGGCACCAGCAUAUCGUAGGUCACCACUUUCGCCUAACACGUACCAAAACUUAUUGAAUAUUCCCAUCAGCGAGUCAUAUUUGAGCAAUCUUCCUCGUCUCUUACCCACCAAAAACAGAGAUGAUACUCGAGCUAAACUUUAUCAGUUUCAUCACAGUUAUCGUCCUCCUUAUUAUGGAACUUGGCGCAAGAAAAGCAAAGUGAUAACUGGUAGGAGACCACUGGCGAAAGAUCUUGAGUUAAUAAAUUACGAUAUUGAAUCAGAUGAAGAAUGGGAAGAACCGGAAGGAGAUAACUGUGAAUCGAAUGAAGAUGAAACAUCUAGCGAUGAUGAUGGUGAGGAAUCUGAUGAGGAGAAUAAAUUUCUUGUUGAACAUGGUUAUUUAUCAGAAGACGAAGGUGUAGAUACAGAUACGGAUAAAGAAUCCAUACAAAAAGAAGAUAGGGAAAAAAGGAGAGAACGUUUAAGAGAAAAGGCAGAAGAAUGGAAACAAAAUAUUGAACAAAAAGUGAAAAAAUAUGAAAAGUUGAUACCAAUUUUGUAUGGGCCAAAAUUCGAUGAACCAUCACCUGCUGCUUCUUUAUAUAUUCAACGUGCAUUUGUUAUUCCAUAUUGUGAUAAUGGAAUUGGAAAAUUUUCUAAAAAGCCCGAUGAUAUAAACGAAUCGUUUUGA